AUGAUCGACCUAUGUUAUGGUAAUGUAAAGAAUGCAUACAAAAAAACACCGCUUAGCACUGCAGACCAUAAUGUGGUCCAUCUGAUCCCUGCUUAUCGUACAGAACUGAAGAGAGAUGGCGUGACCAAGAAGCUGGUAAAAAGGUGGGAUGAUAAUGUGGCUGAGUCUCUACAGGGCUGCUUUGACUGCACAGAUUGGGUGUUAACUCAGGGGAGCAGCCAAGAGGAAGCCGCUGAAGUGGUUACCCACUAUAUCACCUUCUGUGAGGAUAUGAUUGUCCCGCGAAAAACUGUGAAAGUAUUCUCUAACAAUAAACCCUGGAUUACAAAAGCACUAAAAACCACUCUUAAUAAAAAGAAAAUAGCAUUCAACUUAGGAAGCAGAACUGAGUCCAAACUCAACCAAAACAGACUGAACAAGGAAAUAAAAUCAGCAAAGAAAGGAUACAAGAACAAAGUUGAGAAACUCAACCUCAGUCAAUUCUGCUCCAGGUUUGACCAGACUGAUUAUUCACAAGAGAGGAAUGAGCUUAUAGCUGAGCUCACUCCUAUGAAUCCUGCACAACCAAAUCUGGAGUUGCGGCAGGAGGAAGUGGAACUCAUGCUGAAGAGGAUGAAACCAAACAAAGCACCAGGACCUGAUCAGAUCUGUGGACGAGACACCAGUGGGUCAGAGUCAACAGUCACCUCAGUUCUCCACCGGUCCUCCACAUGGCUCUGUAAUCUCACCGGUUCUGAAGGAAACAGCAGCAUCUCUUUAUCUUUAAAACUCACUGAUGGUCACAGCAGUAAAAUGCCUGAAGCUGAUGUGGUGUACUCCGAUGUGAAAUUCACAAGAGCAAAUACAAAUGCCGGGGGGUCCCAACAAAAAGGAGGGUCAAAGCUCAAGUCAGAGAGAGUGGCCUUGGUAGUUCUCAGUGCUCUCCUGGCAGCUGCUGUCAUCGCUCUUGGUGUUACCUCUUAUAAAAACAGUCAAACCCUGGAACGUCUCCAAAAACUGACAGCUGAGCAUGAAGCUGUGAAAAGUAAUCUCACAGCUCAACUGCACCAUGAAAGACCAUGCAACACGGUGCAGCAAACAUAUGAGUCAUGUCCGAUAUGUGAGGAAGGCUGGGAGCAACAUGGAGGAAAGUGCUAUUAUUUCUCCACCAAUAGUUCAUCCUGGAAUAACAGCAGAGAUGAAUGUCAACAACAAGGAGGAGACCUGGUUAAGAUAGACAGCAGAGAGGAGCAGACAUUCCUGGAGCUGAAACUGAGAGACAAAAUGAACGAACCUGAGGACAAGUUCUGGAUCGGACUGACAGACUCAAAGGAAGAGGGCACAUGGUUGUGGGCAGAUGGCUCUCCGCUGAACACAAGUUUGUCCUUUUGGAGCAGCAUUGAGCCAGACAACUGGACAUAUGAAGAUCCUGAUGGAGAAGACUGUGCGAGGAUGGGGGAGAAAUCAGGAGCUCAUGACCUGAAGUGUUGGUUUGAUAAAUCCUGCAAAAAGCCUCACAGAAGUAUUUGUGAGAAACCAGCAGAAACUGGAAACUGGUUUAUGAAAUGUAGUUCAGUUUAAGUCUCCGUCUGGUUAAGCAAUCUCAGUACAGUAUGUGGAGCAAUG